AUGAAUAAACUAACAUCGUUUACAAUAAAAGAAGUCCAUAAGGCUUAUCGCGAUAAGCUUCUAACUCCAACAAGUUUCGUGGAUUUGUGUUUGCAAAAGGCGAAGCAAACCAGUGAAUUAAAUGCAUUUGUGAAUGUAACUGAGGACGUAGCCGAAAAUCAUGCGAUUGAUAGUGAAAAACGCUUUUAUAUAGACAAGAAAAUAAAACCGCUUGAUGGGGUAACAAUAGCCAUUAAGGAUAAUUUUUGUACCAAAAACAUAACUACCACUUGCGCUUCGGAAAUGUUAAGAAACUUCGUUCCAACGUACGAUGCUACGGUUUACGCUAAAUUAAUUAAAAGUGGUGCUUGUCUAAUUGGGAAAAGUAACUUAGAUGAGUUUGCAAUGGGCUCUGGAACAGUUGAUUCCAUCUUUGGUCCUACUCGCAAUUCUUGGGGUUAUAAUGGUGAAACUGAUUGGAGAAUCGCAGGUGGCAGCUCAGGAGGAAGUGCUGUAGCUGUCAGUAGUGGAGCCUGCAUAGCUGCUAUUGGCUCUGAUACUGGAGGUUCUACUAGAAAUCCUGCUGCAUUGUGUGGUGUUGUAGGUGUUAAACCAACAUAUGGCUUAGUAUCCAGAUAUGGCCUCAUACCCUUGGUGAAUUCUAUGGAUGUGCCAGGAAUUCUAGCGAGAAACAUUGAUGAUGCUACUGAAAUAUUAAAUUGCAUUGCUGGGCCAGACAAUUUGGAUUCAACAACUAUAAAAAGGAAAUUCCAGCCUAUAGAAAUACAGGAGAACUUUGAUUUGUCAAAUUUAAGAAUUGGUAUACCUAGUGAAUACCAUUGUGAGGGUAUGAAUGAAGAGGUCAUUGAUACAUGGAGGUGGGUAGCAGAUUUACUUGAAAAUGAAAAGGCCCUUUUAAAAACUGUCUCCUUACCACAUACAUCUGUCUCAAUCGCUGUAUAUUCAAUAUUAAAUCAAUGUGAAGUUGCCAGUAACAUGGCUAGAUAUGAUGGCUUAGAAUUUGGGUUAAGAACAAAUGAAGACUAUUCAACGGAAGAACUGUAUGCUUCCUCAAGAUCUCAAGGCUUUAACAAUGUUGUCAGGUCACGAAUAUUUGCUGGAAAUUAUUUCUUACUUACAAGGAAUUAUGAAAAAUAUUUUCUCAAAGCUCUAAAGUUACGUAGGCUUAUAGCAAAUGAUUUUAAUUUUGUAUUCAAUGGUGAUAACCGUGUAGAUUUACUUUUAACACCAACUACACUGAGUGAUGCGCCAUUAUAUGGAGAUUUUGUGUCCAAACAUAAUAGAGACCAAUGUGCUUUGCAAGAUUAUUGUACGCAGCCAGCUAAUAUGGCUGGUAUACCAGCUGUGUCCAUACCAAUACGUUUAUCUAAGAGUAACUUACCCCUUUCCCUUCAACUGAUGGGUCCAAAUAUGUCCGAACAAUUAUUGUUAAAUGUUGCUAAAAGAAUUGAAACGACCACCACCACAGAGAUCUUAUCAAAACUAAACAUAUCCAUUGAUACCUUGCCACAGAAAUGUCAAGAAAUAUUAAAAUUGGCUGCUUGUAAUCAGCUAGAAGUGGACAUCGAUCAGCUCGACCCUGUCGCGAUUUCACUGCAACAGUCACUGCAAAUAUCGAGGAAACUGAACGAAGAGUAUGAAAUACUAAAACUUAAACAGAAGAAUACAGAACUCCAAACGCAAAUAGACCGUAACAGAAAAUUCUUAGAUGGUUUGAGGAAUGAAUUGAAUUGCUCGAGAAAUUCUUUAGCGAGCCAAACGCCCAAUCCUGAGAAUAUACAGGAUCACAUCAAGCAGAUGAAACAGAAAGUAGCUUCCUAUGAGGAGAGCUGCAAGAAAGCCACGAUGAAGUUCUCGAAGCUCUCUGUACCAGAUUCCGUGUUACCAAAAGCUCUCCAAGCGCAGCUGUCAGUGUUGAACACACUCCACGAGGAAGCCGUAGCUUGGAGGCAGCGAGCUGAUGAUGUGGUUUUCACUAGAGACGCGAGAGACACGUUUAAUAGAUUAAGAAGAUAA